AUGCUCAUAAUAGAGGAAAGCACCAUGUCCGUGAGGAGUGGGUACUGUAAACCAGGUGGUAAUGCUACAAAGAUCAGGAAGGUAGUUGCCGAUGAGGUUGGGGUUUCAAAAUUUAUUUUCUGUCCUCCGAAUAUGGACUGGAAGGUGAUUGUAACGAGUACCGGUCGAAAGUUUUUUCAUAAUGAUAAAACUAAUCAGUCUGUGUGGCAGAUCGACGAUGAUGAUGUGAAUCAACAAUUAGAUAAAAUGAAUAAGGAUGAAAUUCUUCUGUUAAUUGGUAAAGCCAGAGGAUUGAUAGUUAAAGAGAAAGAAGACCGUCAAAAGAAGUCACAUAUGGAAAAACCGAUAGACCAAGAAAAGAAAGUAGAAUCCGAAAAAAAGGUCUUCAAAGAAGUUAAUUCGGCUAAUUCUCCUGCCAAUGUACUGGGAUUGCAAUAUUCUGAUUCUGAGUCAGAUGAGGACUCAGAUUCAGUUUCACAUGAAGACAAGUCUAUUAAUACUGAUCAAGAUAAAUCAGGGUCUAAUCCCAACUCCGAAUCGGUAUCUUUGGAAGAAGGACUUGGUAUGGAUAUUUCUAAUCUUUCCGAUUUUAGUCUGUCAGAUAAUGAGACCCCAGCUGCUAAGGAAGAGUCAGUGUCACUUUUUAAGACUCUGUUAGAUGAUGCCCAGUUAGAUCCCUUCAGUACAUGGGAAAUAGAAUCGGUAAAAAUCAUCCAUGAUCCAAGAUAUUUGGAGCUGGAUACUGACAAUGAUAGGAGUAGUGCAUUUAGUCAGUGGUCAAGAGAAAAAGUUGUCGGAAAGAUCAGUCAAACCGAUGAAGUAGAAAUCUCUGACGAUGUCUAUCAGUCGUUUGCCCAGUUUAUAAAGGAAAAGUUAGUCGUCACAGUUGCCAACAAACAUACUUUGAAGAAGCUUUAUUUUGCGGAGUUUAAACGAAAAUAUCGCAAGGACCCCUCGUAUCAGCGUCUGCUGCAGCAUUUGUCCGAAAAAGAACUAGAAUCAUUUUACAGACAGUUUGUUCCUUUUGAAGAAAAAAUAAUAAACCUGCCACAAGAUUCAAAAAGAAAGCUUUUGCUUGAUAUAACUUUCAAUUCAGCCCCACUAUUAGGAAAAGUCAAACAGUUUUUAAAAACGAAUCCAACUAGUGACCUAUUUGAGCAACUGCAAGGUCAAUCACCGCACCAGACUUAUAUCGAACUACUCAAGAAUUUUCAACUCAGUGACCAGUUCAUAGCAAAAAACAUAGUUCCCUUACACGGGUUAUCCAAUCAGGAUCAAUUGUCUCUAAAAGUUUCCAUUUUAUUGGAAGCUCUACAACUGCAGGCUCAAAAACUGAAGAGAUAA